AUGGAUAAUGAAACAAGAUCAAAUUGUUACGAUGCAAAGGACAGUAAACCAAUUGGUUAUAUCGACCCUCGUUUACUUCAUGAAAACGGAAAAGGUGUACCAUUGAACAAGUUACCGCCUCAAGGACCGUUAUACAUGGUGGAAUUCAAAUCUGGACGAAUCGACUACUAUUACAUUGCACCAACCACUGAUCUAUCCAAUAUCACUAGUGGUGGAAAUGGAUUUUUACAACCUAUGGUAGGCGAUUUGGUGAUUGUGGAAGCGGAUCGUGGAAAAGAUUUAGGAAAGGUGGCUCAAGUAGCUCUGACAUGUGAACAAGUACUUCAAACUCAACAACAAGAUGAUAGAGUCGUUGCCAAAAAUGAUAUGGAUGAGACUUCAGAUGAAUCACCCAAACAACACAACAGCAUACCAUCAUCCCCAUCUUCUUCUGCCUCCAAUUCUCUAUCAUCUCCAACGAAUAGUGAACAACCAUCAUCCAUCAAAAACUCUUCAGCAACAAGACCUGAACAAUCAACGGAAGAGAUGUAUGUCAAACGAAUUCAUCGACUAGCAACUCCUGAUGAAAUCAAUAUGCUUUUGGUUAAAAGUCAAGAUGAACAACGAGCUUUGGUGAUUUGUCAACAAAAGGUCAAACAACGAAAAUUACAAAUGGAGGUGAUGGAUGCCGAAUAUCAAUGGGAUCGACGCAAAUUGACAUUUUAUUUUAGUGCCGAAAAACGAAUUGACUUUAGAGAGCUUGUACGAGAAAUGUUCAAGAUCUACAAGACUAGGAUUUGGAUGUGA